AUGGCCGGCUCUUCGCGCAACGCGUCGCCUAUCAAGCGGCUGAUGACGGAGCUGCAAACAUACCAAUCCAACAAGAACGAUGUCCUCUACGACCUGGGGCCCACCGACGACGAUGUUAUGCAAUGGCGUGCCGUCAUGAAAGGCGUGCCAGGAACCGCAUACGAAGACGGCUGCUGGCUCCUCUCCAUUUCUAUCCCCUCAACCUACCCCCUCGCACCCCCCACUGUCCGCUUCAUAACUCCCAUCUGCCACCCCAAUGUCGACUUCAAAACCGGCGAAAUCUGCCUCGACCUUCUCAAGACCUCGUGGACCCCUGCCUAUACUAUCUCUACGACUAUGACUAGUAUCCACCAGCUGCUUACCAGUGCUGAGCCAGACAGCCCACUCAACGUCGAUGUUGCGCAGUUGUUUCGCACAGGCGACGAGGUUGGCGCGCGUAGCUUAAUCCGCUGGUAUACUGCGAGCGAGAAGUAUGCCUGGAAGGAUAAAUAUUAA